AUGGUUCGUCUCGUAGUUCUACUGUUGUGUAUUUCAAUGACAACUACCCAGAAGCCAGGCAACUUCAACCUGAAAGAGAAAGCUGGAUUCCGUGCUAACCAAUCGUCGGACGUGGAUCCACAAGUGCUUGAAAUCCACCGUCAGAACCUCAUUACCCAGAAAAUUCUGCAACGCUAUCUGGAGAGGCGAUUGCAUCCCGAGAGGAAACCUCAAAUCCGAGUGCCUUCGGUGGACGAAAUCCUGGCCAGAUCACUGACGGCCAACUCGAUACGAGAUACGCGUCAACAGAGCCAGAAUUCUACUGGCACAUACAAGACUGGAUCUGCAGCCAAUCGAUAUAAUUUGUUCAUCGAUUACGGUAGUGAACCGGGCGAUGAAGCCCGAAGGCAACAGCAGCAGCAGCAGAAUGACGACGAAGACUACGAGAUAGAGCAAGACUUGGAUCAGUAUGACGAUCUGGGCGGCUCGCUGGAUAAUGAUCACAUCGACAUCGAUUCGCUGCAGUCCGGUGAAUCGGAGCACGUGGAUUCAUUCUAUCGAGAUAGAUUCUACCGGCACAAAGCAUCACAGAUAAGCAGACAUAACACUCACUCCAUAUACGAAUCAACCAUAGACGACGAUUUUGAUGACGCAGAGGAGAUCUUAGCGAGCGAACUGACAAACGAGAUUCCACUUUUGCCAGAAAUGAACCAACAGGAAGACACUGACCCAAAUUCGUUGGCGGAUUUGAUUCAACCCACUAAAGUGAGAGAAAAACGCCAGGUCAUUAAUAGCCGCACCAACCGACGAAGCAGAACAGCUCAACAACAACAUCAUCAACAACAACAACAACCACGGGAACAAACUAUAACUAAUCGGAUAGACUCGAGAUAUUACAUUUCUGAUGAUUACGUAGAUUACACAACAACACCCAAAUUGACCAAAAACUUGCGGGAUAAUUGGGCGGAGUACAGAAUUUUGUCGAAAAGCAAAGCGUCUGGCAAUGACAUCAGAACUAGUCGUCCGAGAACUACGGCCAGUCAGAGCACACUGGUCAGAAAUGCAGCGAGAUCUAGAAAUCGCAACACUUUAAAAUCGUUAGCUUACAAGCCUACCUACAAUACACGAAGGCCAUCGUUCACUCUGUCUGCCUACGGAGGCAAUAAACCAACCGUUCGCGGAAACGCUCGACGAGGAGGAAACCAUCGAACAUACAAAGACGAAGAGCAACGUGUUGUGGUCAAUCGCUAUGGUCAUACGACAACCAAUUCCGAUUGGCGUAGAAAAACCGUUAGCAUGGGUACUACUAGUCUACAGCCCAGUACUCCGGCCUUGACUGUGACAUUUUAUCUUACGACGGAUGCUACAGUAUCAUUGGUUACCAAUUCCCGUACAGAAAUCAGUCUCAUCAAAACUACCACGACUAGCAUCGAGGAGAUAUGUACUACUUGUUUUUCGCUGACACAGGGCCCUAAUGGAUUACCGGUUCACGUUCUGAACAAAGAAAUCACUUCCUUCAACAAUGACGGUCUAUUCGAAAUUACCAAAUUUAUUUUGAGUUCCACUCCAACCACGACUAUUUCGGUUUCCCAGAACACGUUCCGUGGUCGUUCGACAGCUUACUCUGCUACGAUUUCAACUACAAUCUAUGAAGCGACCCCGUUUGUACAAACUAAAGGAAGCAAUCCCAAUAGUGCAGUCCUUUCCAAUGCACCAUUAGCCAAUAUUCUUUUAUCGCAGCUGUUGUUAGGCAAUCUUGGUGUUGGCGAACCUAAUUUUGCUCCUCGACCAACAGAGUUCAUUCCAGAUCCCAACCGCUAUCAACUGGUUGUAACAACAAAUGUCGAAUAUAAAACUCACGUUAAGCAGGUGAUUAGCACUGUUACCCAGACGAAAUCCAUAGUGCUGCCGGUAACUUUCCAGGGUCGUGAAAUCUUGACUACUGUGUAUGACAGCGAAGUCACGGCAACGGUUAUUACCUCGUUUGUAACUGAAACCCUAACGGUACCAACCACUUCUACGAUCAGGAUUCAACCAACGACAGAUGAUCUGUCAAAUAAAUUGAGCCUACUGCUUCCACUAUUGGAAGAGCGCGAACGGAGGAACCAACUUCUUUCGGCAGCAGCUGCAGAGCCAGUGUUGCCAAUUAUAUCGACCCCACCUCCCACUCCGACAAUGCUAUCUAGUGCAUCAGUUUCGAAAGUUUAUGUGUCCGGACAGCAUCCCGGCGAGUUCAGCGUGUCAUUCACCACUAUACUUAACACGUGAACCAGCAGCACUGGCGAAUUAAGCAGUAGGUGAAGUAGAUCAAAUCUAGCGAUGGCCUACUUUUUAGGGUAUAAUCAAUUAGGAUACAUUUUAACAAAAUUGCC